GUAUCUACUUAAAGAUGGCGGUGAUUGGUACGCCAUGUUUCUCGUGAUUUUCUCGCGUAUUAGAAAAAUUUUUUGAGACCUCGUAUUUGCAUGUGCAACAAUGGCCGAUGAUGAAACGUGGUUAUUAAAGGAAGACGGUUAUCUUAAUUUAGAUUGCGAGUGCAAAAACAUAAUCUAUCAUCCGAAUUUAAAUGUGGUGCUGAUAACUACUGGGAAUGCGCAAGUGUGCGUUUUUGAUGUCAACUCAGGACUGAUUCUUCAACGCAGCUUUCUGUCUGAUAAAGCUGGUGGAAAAUUGCGGGGCACAUAUUUAGCCGAUGGAAUCGACAAAAUAUUAUACACAGACGGUCGAGGAAUCGGCGUUAGAAGUGAUUAUAAUGGAGUACUUUUACUGGACACAAUACUACAGACACCAGUAAUUCGUAGCGAAGAUAUUAUAAAAUUAGAACUUCUCCUUUCCGAGGCUGUUUUACUCUAUCAAUGUCUACGUUGCAUAGAACUGCCUGGGGCAGAUCAUCUGCAGGAGGUCCUUCAGGAAUUAUCCUCCAAAAUUCAUUCCGGACACACGAGCCAAAAGAGGGGUAUCAAAGCCCAAAAGUGGAACACAAUAUGUUUGGAAUUGCCACACGGAGCUUUGAAGCUGGUGUGCUCUGGAUUAGUAAUGGAAUUGAAGAAACAAACGAGGCACAUUCCGGCAUUGCCGAUCGCCUCGGCAAUAAACGAAAGACUCAACGGCCUAAUGCCAAGUGUCAGCAUAGAAGGACGACCUGUUGAUAGGGCCCUCAUGUUCAGCGAGGCUGCCCGGCGAGAUUCAUUUUCCAAAUGGCCCCACAUGAAUUACAGAUGGGCAUUUCCCGAUCAAAUGGCACAGGCGGGAUUCUAUCAUCAGCCAAAUUCAACGGGCGAUGAUCGGGCAAUGUGCUUCACUUGCAAUGUUUGCCUCGUUUGUUGGGAACCAACUGAUGAGCCAUGGUCGGAACACGAGCGACAUACACCGUCGUGUCCCUUUGUCAAGGGAGAGUACACACAAAAUGUACCCUUGUCGGUUACUCUCGCAACAGCGCCCGCUCAAAUUUCAGAUGGGAGUGUCGAAAUAAUCGGCACAACAAAUGUCGCCGGUCUCGUUUCCACGGGUACAAACAACGGCCUCGUUAGUGUUUGGAAUGUUCGCAAUCAACUCAAGCGCGAGGCCUCUUUCUACAUUGCCUUGAGUGAUCAAGAAAGCAACAAUAAACAAUCAAUGCAAUUUUUUGCAAUGUCAAUGGACGCAUCAGUUGGCUAUGACACAGAAGCAACAACAUUAAAUUACUACAAAUCAUCAGUAUCACAUCGAAUUGAAUUAACAUCACUGUCAAUAAUUGGUCCACCGAAAAUCACAAACGAUGAAACAUUAAGCGAUAAUCUCGCCACAUCAAUUCCAAUAAAACAACAACAACAACAGCAGCAACAACAAACAUCAUCAUCAUUUGACACACAAAUAAGACCAUGUUUAAUAUCAGGAAUUCUCGUCACUGGCAGUCACUCCUCACAAUCAAGAAAUCUCGAGAAUGUUUGGGCCUCGUCAACAGAUUUAGCAUCGUCCUCGUCUCUCGUUCAAGCAAUGAACAGCGUGAAUAGUGCCGCGAACGAUCGACAAACAAUCAUUGAUAUAAUGAAAGUUGCCAGUGAUUCAUCAUAUCAACCAACGAGAAUGCUUUAUUUAGUUUUAUGCGAUUUUCAUCACAAGGCAGUGCCACCGGCGCCACCCAAGAAAGAUGAGGCAAAACAGGCGAAAUCAAAGAAGACAUUGUCGGGAACGGGCACGAGUACAAGUUCAAAUGACGGUAGACAAGAGAGUCUCUAUCAGGAAUUAUUUCUCAGUAAAUUUCUCCUCGAGGAUCUUGUUGAGGAUGUCGAUUCAGAAAUGUUGGUUGGAACGCAUUUUGAUAAUAUUUUUCCAACAACACCAUUAACGGCAUCGUCGUCAAAUGGAAUUUGUCCCACGCCACUUGUACCGCCGCCAGGUUUUACAUUCGAUGCAAAUUUCAAUCCAAUCAAUGGUCAGGAGCAAUUUACGGCUGUAAAUUCCGAGACUGUUGGAUGCUCGAAGAAAAUACAAGAAGUUAAAUCAACGACAACUGUGGGAACGACAACAACAACUUCUUCGUCAACGGGGGCGGCGACGACAGCAACAACAACAACGACGGCAACGACGACGACGACGACGAAAAUGGAGCCGAGUGUUAUUCAAAGUGUGAGAAUUGAUGCGCCGGAGAAUAUGAGAAUUUCUUACACGGCGCCAACGAAGGACGGGCGGCAUUUGUAUGUUGCGUUGUCGCCAAUGGAGAAGAAUGAGACGUCGAAUACAAUUCGUAUGGAUAUCGAUGAGGAGAGUGAAUUUUUUCCGCAAAAAAGUUUUAUGUAUUGGGACCAUAAUGAGACGCAGAGUGAAAGUUUAUCGAAUGGUGAGACGAGAAAUGAGGAUGAUAGCGAUAAGGCUAUUUUAUUGAUUUAUGCGCUUGAUUUUAAUGAUAAAGUUGUGAGAAUUGUGCCCGAUCCAAUUGUCCGGCAAGAAUUGUCAGCAGAUGAAACGCCAGUGGAACAUGUUUUGCUGCCGAUUCAGGAGAAGAAUCGCAAUAAAGCGGUACAAAGGGGCGAGCCAUUUGGACGAAUUGCAUUGGUUUGCAAGGACGGAGUUGUGCGGAUUUUGAAUUUAAAUAAUUUGAAGACUGUGGCACGAGUUCGAUUGGAGGGACAGAAAUUCGUCUCGGCUGCUUAUUGCACUAGUUUAGAAAGGUUGUGUGCAUGUACGAGUAAUGGAGCACUUCACUUUUUUGCAACGACAGAAGAGGAUGAAAUACCAGAAGAAAUGGAAGAAACAGAAGAUUUGAAAAUGAUCACUGAAAUUAGCUGCGUUAAUGAACGAACCGAACCGAGUACUUCAACGUCUUCCACAGUGUAUCAGGAACCGAUUAUAGCGCACAGGAAUAAUUUAAGCUACGCCGAUUUGAAGACACUUUACGAACUGACAAAGUUUGAUAAACACUCGCCCGCGUACAGAGCAAACGUUCCGCCUUGCUGGAGUGAAAUGAUGCAAGCACAAAGACAACGACAUUAUCCACAACAUUUGCAUCAAGCCGAGGAUCAACAUCACACGAGGACUUGGCGUUUACAAAAUGAUGCGUCAACGUGGGACGAGCACAUUUUCGAAUUAACGUUACCGAGAACUGCAUCGGGUGUCGUGGGACAUGUCGAUGUGAAAUUUAAUUUACAUUCACCGUGUCCGGAACUGCCGGCAAUUCAAGUGACACUAUUGAAACAAAGUAUUUUCGGUAUUGGUCAUCAUAAGACUCCAAUCACAUCGGUUGACGAGAGGAUAGACUUCAGUCUUGGAAUAGAUCAGAAGGGUGAUAAUCCAGUGGUGACCGAGGAAUAUCAACGUCAACAUAAUACGGAAAUUCUUUGUGGUCCAAUUAAUUUGCAACGUUGCAUGGAUCUUUCGGAUCAUUCCGGUUGCGCGACACUCACCAGUCCAAAACUAUUUCGAGCAAAAUCAAAUUCCUCUUGUACUUUGUUGGUUCAUAUCAAGGCGCUCGUGGAUCCUAUUAAAGAUGGAACAAGUUCAAAGUCAAGAAUGAAUGUGGAAUCAAAACCGCCGACCUCGAAAAAAUUGAGAAUUGACGAGGCUGGACCACUGUUACCAGGAGCAAGUGUUGAGAGAUAUGCAGCGAAUGCAUCGAAAAAAUUAAAUACCUACAUUGGUUGCGAUUGGAUUCACGAAAUUUCGAUAAGCGUGCGAAAAGUUUUGCCCACAAAUAUUCCACACGAGAGAAUACAACGAUGUGCAAUGUUAGAAUCGAAACAGUUUAUCAAUAAUCUUCUGUCUGUCGCUUGUCUACAGACUACAGACAAGUCAUCAAUUACGCAGUCGAUAGCUCUUGAUAUUCUUAUUUGGGUGGUGGCAAUACGACUGACGAGACUACGAACCUGUCAAAAUAGCGUCGAGACAAAGGCAAUGCAACUGGAAACUGUGCGCUGUGUUCAAGCAAAACUUUCAGUUUUAUUACGCACUUGUCUCUUGUAUGCCGGACGAAGCAUUUCACACAAGUGCAUAAAACUCAUCGUCUUGUGCAGCGAAGGACUUCACAAUUUAGACGAUCCAUUGCCACAUUCCUUUGAGGAGGCUGUACUUGCAGUUUGCGUGACAUUGUUACCAUCAAUUGUCAAUGUACAAUGGGCCGGCUCUCUUCGUUGGUUUGCAAUUCUCAUUACACGAUUAUUGCCACUCGAUCGUAAUCACAGUAUCGCUCAACAAUGUAUAACUCUAAUGCAACAAAUUGCAACGGAAAUGUCAAAUCGUGUUAAUCCACAUCAUUUAUUGCUGGCGACAAGAUUUGGCCUCUAUAAUUCGCCGUUUGAAACGGAAUUAUUCGAUAUGGAUCCACCGGUGCCGCCGAAAUUCAGUUCAACGCCAGUGACAUAUGCGAGCGCAGUUUCCGGCGAGCCAACAAUCACGUCAAUUACAACAACGACAUCGAAUCAUUCACAGGACUCGAUUGAUUUGCGAGAUUUACUCACAUUGCCAUCACAUUCCAGUGAAACAAUUGUGCCGAGUAAACUUUAUCUCAAGACAUUGAGCGCUAAUCAUAGCAUGAAAGGACUUCUCGAGGUUGAGCCCUUGCACUUUACGUGUCACGCCGCUUCGGACGGAACGAAAAUGGAAAAAAUCGACACUGGAGCGAACAAUCUUGUGAAUAUGGCGCCAAUCAUUUACGACAGUCCACAUCCAGGAAGUGGUUUCAAUUCUGGUCUUGGAAUCAAAAUAAUUCAACACUCAUAUAAUUUGGAUGAUGGCUCGCUCGGACCAGAUCUUCAGGCUAAGUUUACAACUUUCUAUGGCAAUUUAAUAAAUCAUUGUAAAGCUGAAAUAACAAAGAAGCCAACGGUACAUCUUUCGCUGACGCCCGAUGAUCGGUCAAUCAGUGACGAAGUUAGUAUGCCCGAUGAAGCACAAUACUGGCACAUUCUUCAAAAUGAUAGCUCCCACGUGUUAGAUUCAACUAUUGCUAAAGAAAAAUCCUCGGGUAUGAAUAUUGGUACCUCGACGAGCAAAAACGAAGACAACUGUGCAAAAAAGAGAGACGAGAUUUACUUUCCCUGGGGAAGAUUACUUUGUUGGCCACCGCAACAAGCUUUGGUUGUUGAAAGAAUGCACUCGGGAGCGAGAAGAUUUGUCAUUCUUGAUUUUGGAUCGUCUGUUUUACUCACUGAUUUGAUGAUUCCAUCGUGUGUUGAUUUAGUAUCGUUGUCUAUUGAUAUUUGGAACAAAAGCGAGGAAUUGGAUGGAACACGUUUGGCCGUUGCCGGUGACAUUGGCUAUAAACCACUCGUGAUCAGCGAUCUUCAACCACCACCGGUUUGCAGAUAUCUUAAGAUCACGAUGAUUGGUAGAUAUGGAAUGACAGUGACGAGAUGUAAAAUUCCGCUGGGAAUGUUUUAUGGUCACUUGGUGAUUUUACCGGGUGAGGAUUAUUCAGAAUUGAAGGCAAGUCAAUCAAGUCUCAGUGGAACCGAGGCCAAUAUGCAAGCGACAGUUGAAUCACAAUGUCAAAUUUUGUCGGCUCUUGCCGAAGAUGUUCAGUGCAGAUUCAGUUUGGCGACUGAGAAACUCAAGAGCUUUUUGGAUCCUCUUCUUUGUACCGAGACACCAAAUGUCGUUCACAUGCAACAUUAUCUCUCUCAGAAUAAAAACUCGUCAGAGAGCAAGGAACAACCAUCAGCGAAAAUUCUCGCGACAUAUCAGGAAUGCAUUAUGUUCCAACAUCAAUUGAAUGUCGUUCGUGGAGUGUGGAGACGAUUGGAGUCGUGGAGAGGACCUCGAAAUACGCCAUCGAGCUCCUUGGCAAGUGCUUCCAGCGAUAAAUUGAAAAUACUUGGAGAAACUUUGCUAGACAUUCUAUUGUACACCGUUUAUGAAAUUGGACCCGUUCCAAGCGUUCCGGCAACUUUGUACGAAGCGUUCACGCCGACGAUUUGCGAGAAACUUUUCAAAUCGAUUUGCGUCGUAACUCCGGCACCUCGUCUACAGCUUCAUGCCGUCGCAUUACUUGCACGAAUGGCCGGACAUCAACCGUGGUGGGGAAAUUUCCUCGCCAAUACACUCACGACACUAUUCACGGCCUCGUCUACCCACAUUUUCCCUCAAGACAGGGUCUUCAUUUUACUAACAUUCCUCGGACGAAAAUCACUGAUAACGGGCGCAAACAAAUCAUCGGUUAUUGACGCGAUGGUCCGUACGCUUGGUAGACUUCUGGCCCCAAUUUCCAAUCGGGAGCAAUCCAGUUCAAAUCAACUCGACACAACACUCAUUAGUUGGGUCCUUCUCUUCCUCUCCGUGUGCUUAGACACUACCGCUUCACAUUCCCAGUAUCUUGACGACAAUCAUGAGAAAACCAAAGAACAAGGACUCUCGUCGAGAUGGGAUUUCAUUCAUGGGGAAUCGUCAAUGCAGCGAAAAUACUCGAAAUCAAAUAGAUCGUCGAGUUGCACGAAUCACAAGAGAAAAUUGCAGAAGCGUUUAAUGCAUCACAAGCAGCAACUUCAAGAUUUUGAGCAAGCAAAAAAGGCAUUUCAAGCAACGUCGCAGGCACGAUCGGCAUUAUCAUCGCAAGCGGCGACAUUGUCGAGUAAACUCGAGGCUGCUUUAAAAUCGCAGGAACGAUUUUUCAAGAAAACAGUCAAACAACAUUCCGUGAAACACAUCAAGGAUUUACUCUCAAUGAGCAAUGAACUUUAUUCAUCGCGGAGUUCACGAAUUCCAACACAUCCAAGUGGACGUAGAACGGAGAGUAAUAAUGAACCAGAAGUUGAUUACACGACAAAUCUAUCGCAUCAGAAUGUUUUACCAGUGGCGAGAGGACUCGUUGCUUUAAUUAUAAAUAAUUCUUCAAACAUGGACAUGUUUCUCCUGGCUUGCAAGGUAGUCGCGAGGCUUGUAAUUUCCACGCGACCUGCAAUUAGUUUGGGCGAACUCAUGACAGAGGAACAACUUUUAAAACUCGUAAAAUUAGCAACUGGAGCGUCGGACACUGCUUGGUCGAUUCACGCAGUUUCCUGUUUACUGCAAGAUCUUCUCGAAGGUGGAAGAUUGUAUCCAAGAUUGACAAAUGCACAUAAAGCGAGUCCGUCGGAGGAAAUAUUCGAUCUACUUGGCGCAGAGGAGGCGAGGGGCAGUAAUGACGAGGAACCGGCACCGGUUGCUGGAACAAGUAACUCGUCGAGCACUUUGGGCGCCGACGAGGGCUUUGCGGAUGGCGAUGACGAUACACAGGACAGUAUUGUCGUGAAUCCACCUAAUGCGUCAACCUCGAAAUCAAAUGGUUUCAGUCUUCCCUCACUCUUCGAAUCUGACGACAGUGAACUGGAGAUUUAUCUUGACGAUAUUCUCGAGCGUGGAAAAAGUAUCAUGAAAAAAGGCGGAACCAUUCCGAAAUAUCCUUCGUCUUCAAGUUCCUGGAGUAAUUCUAGGAUUUCUCGCCCUAGGACUUUUGUCUCCUUGGCGGUGGACGCACGUUUGGAGUAUGGAGUUGAAACUGCGGUGGAAAUCGCUUUGAGAAGACUCUCCACACUUGGCGCUUAUAAUUUGCCUCUCAGUUUAAACGCUACUAUUAACGUUCCUCCUUCGGAUUCGACACGAAAUUCACAAUCGGGCACUUCGAGGCAAAAUCCUGGCUGGAACGAACGAACGCAGGAGACUUGGAAUUCAAAUGAUACCGUUCCUUCGAGUUUAAUGAUGCUUACGCGUUGUUUCGAUAAAAUUUUUUCCGAAAUGUAUAUUCAGCGAGAUGGAACGAGUUUCGAGCUGGUUCUGCAACUCUGGUUGACGUUGAAUUUAGACGCAUCGACAGAAUUAAGUAAUUCGUCUCAAUUUGACACAUCGUUGACGCCAGUUAUUCCACUGAGUUCAACGGCGAUUUCGGGGAUAAUUUCGGUACUUUCUUGGCAUUCUUGUGUUUCGCUGAGAGCUUGGUGCCACGCAUUGCAGUGUUUAACACUGGCAAGUAAUCAACCGUUGCAAACUGAUGCGCCAGAAGCUGCGAACUGCAGUACACCACUUGAUGGACUUUUGGGCGGAAUGGCCGGUUGCAUUGUCAAGGAAAGAAAUAUGGGACCAAUGCUUCUCAGGCUCUUGUCUGGAAGUGGUCUCAAUGCCGAUACAUCCGACAAACAAUACGGAAUGGCUGGACCAAUAGUUUGUCAAGCGCUGCAGGACUUUUUGGUGCGCCUGGAACUCUGGUGCGAUGUAAUAACUCCCGGAAGUACCUUGGGCAAUGCCCUGAAGGAAUUGCUCCUCUGGCUCGUCUAUCAACUGGUCCAACCCGGCGGACCAUUGGCAGUUCGUCGUGGACCACUCGACGCGCAAUGCAAACUAAUCACAUCCCUUCUGAAUUUAAAUUUCACCCACACGGAUCUUGGAACAGCAAUGAGCAUCACCGAAUGUGUCAGCGAACUUGUUUCCACUUAUGUGCGAGGUUACGGCGUCGAGGCCCAAUGUCGUGGACUCGUCGAUUCAUCGAAUCCAUCGAAUAACUUCGGUGGACUCUAUGCCUGCGUUCUUGGUGGUGACGCGCGACAAAAUCGUCCCGCCUCCUGGGAUUCUCUGAUUGUUGCUCUCAUUAAACUCGUUUGUCGUUUGGUUCAAACGCCACUGCCGAGUGUGAGGAGUGUGCGAACUGACUCGAUGACGGAAAUGGAACUUGGUGAACUGGUGAAUUCUCAGAGAAGUGGUGGUGGUGGUAGUGGUAGCAGUGGGAAAAUGGAGGCGCAGACUUCGACGAACACUUCGCAGACGGACGAGAGUAAAGUUGCGGAACAACAGCAGACGUCGUCGAUGAGAAUGCAACAACAACAGCAGCAGCAGCAACAGCAACAACAGAGUGGAACACCGAAACCGAGAGUGCCGUGUGUGGCUGACACGGUUCUGCAGCAUGAGCCGACGAUGAUGAGAUUGUUGGGUGCACUAGGUCAUAGUACGGGUUCAUCUUUGGCUAUGUUGCUUGGCGAUAGUUCGGCUAGUAAGGCGACGGCAGAUCUCGGUGAUCCGCCGUCAAUUCCCGAUGCGACUUUUCAAUUGCUCUCGACACUCACCAAGAAGGCGAGCAGUCCUACUUUGGUGUUGAAUCCUGUUAAUCAGUACCUUGCUUCUUCAUGUGGAAAAUCGACAUUAAGUCGUCAGCUGGGAAUGAUGCAACUCUCAGAGCCACUUCUCUGGUACAUUCUCCGCGUUCUCGACAAUGAAACAUCAUUGGCAAUUUUCACCGGAAUGGGAGGUGUUAAAGUACUUUGUGAGAAUCUGGUGAAAUCGAGUAAGGCAAAUAACGAGGGUGGAUACGCGUCACCUGGUGUUAUCGCCCUCGUCAUGCAACAUCUUUCAAAUACACCAAAUAUCGCCUCGUCAAGUGGAAGUAGCAGCAGCAGUAGUAGCGGUAGUGGUUUAGUGAAUUUCGCACCACUUGGAACAAUCACUUGGGUUAAUUCAACAGCACAGCCGGCCGAUGUUCUAAUACAGAGUCCAACGCCACAGAGAAGAACGCGAACGGCCGCGUGGACAUAUCAUUUCUAUCCGGACGAGGCAUGGGUCGAUCUCACGAUAACAUUGAAAUGUGCAAUUUUACUCAAGGAAGUUGAACUCCAACCACACGUCACUUCAUUGGCGACGUGUCCUUCGGCCGUCGCUUUAGAAAUUGCACGCGAAGCAAAUUCAGCAAUGACUCCCGUUUGUCCACCAAUGUCAACUGCUGGAUUGACUUUCAUUAAAAUUACUCUUUCUCAACCAAAAGUCGCCACUGCCGUUCUCGUCCGACUUUAUAAACCGAAAGACUCACCGGAUAUUAGUUUGAGCAACAUUCAAAUUCUCGGAACGACCGCAUUUGGAGAUACGAAAUCAACAAUCGAAUCUCUGGACGAGGAGCAAUUGACAAAGAAAAGUCUAGGGUGGCUGCGAUUAUUGCAUCAGUGUUUGUCAGUUAGUGCAAUGAAUGCGCGACUCGCCGAAGAGGUUCUAAAUUCCGCUGCUUCAGUGGAGGGACUCGUUGAAUCGUGCUGUAAUCUUCUACUCCUACCGGCGCCUUCUCUAUUCACAUCAAAUCUGGAACGUGUUCUAUUUCAAUUAGGACUGCAUUCUCGAGAAUUGGGAUUAUUGCUGAUUAAUUUGCUUCUAAACAAUCGAUCAGCGACGCUUUUUCAGGCAUCCACUUCGAAUCAGGAGACAUCAACAGUGCAAAUGGUCAUUGAAUUGUUGCAGCAACUUUGCUGCUCUCAGGACACGCAUUGCGCGACACGUAUGGCUGCGGUGCUUGAGUGGCUCGAGGAAGUCGCCCGCAAUUGCUCGAAUCAAGCGCAAUCGCAGAGCUCAUCACCGCCGGCUGUUUAUAUUCAUUGCAUUUCGUCUGUUAUUUGGAAAGUGUCACAAUUGGAACCGCCGAAGUACAAUUUAUCAAAUCUCCUAACGGACAGUCUCUUCGACGCCCUCUUUCAAUGGACCCUAGUUCUGGAUCCACAUUCGGCUCUCAAGGAAGCUGUCGACUCAGUUCUCUGUGCAUUUUGUCACGUUCAACCAAACGCAUUUUUCAUGCUCUUUCAACGACUGCAAAUAUUCGUGCCAGUUUAUUGUGGUGACGAACAGCAGCAGCAGCAUUCGGCGUCAGUUUCUGACGACACAAAGGAAACGGAAAUACAAACAGACGACACGAAAAGUGGCAUUAACGCAAAAACGCUAUUCACAGCGAGUCUCAUGCUCACCGAGAAUCGAUAUCUCAAUCUCAGCGAGGGCCAACUGUUGACAAUUGCCGCCGUAUCCCGUUCGCCGACAAUUAUCGAAAAACUCAUUCAAGAGGGACUUCCCUCAUUUUUAAUUGAUACAAUCACGGAAUUUUGUGUCAUUGAACAGGCGAAAUUCAAUCGUCAAUCGUCGUUGGAGGGAAAGAAUAAUUGCGAGGCACGUCUCACUGAUAAUGAUAAAGUUGCUGCUGGGGAAACGCAACAAAAUAAUCAUUCCGGCCUCUGUAUGACGGAACCGGAAAAUAUUGCGGUGGUACUGGAAUUUUUAUCGUUGGUUUGCUCCGAGGGUAGAAUGAGAGAUUGGCUCGGCAAGGAGGGAAGUGAUUUUUGGUUGCCGCUGUUGUCGUUGUUGAGUAAUCGACCAAUUGAAAAUCCCUCGACGUCGUUGUCGAGAAAUUCGAAAACUAGCCUCGCCUAUGGAACGUUGGAGAGUGCGAUGAUUAAAUUCUUGUCCAAGUGUUGCUGGUGUCAUCCGGCUAAUCAGAAACUUUUGGCUGAAUUGUUGACUGACGUGAUUCUACAGCACAGAACGCCGCCGAAUGUACGUUAUUUACAUGGAAUUUCGGGAUUUACAAGACGAUUGAUUCUUCAACUUUUACUCGAGGGCGAGAAGGUUCUUGUCUCGGUGACUUCGGAAACGCCGAUGAAAAAUUCAAAUACUGUGGUUAAUUAUAAUAUGCCAGUGAUACCGCCACAUCCGGCACAUCCACUUGGACAUUAUCAUCAGUUACUUUACAUGUCGACGCAGGCGACUGUCGCUGAUAUUUUGCAACAGGUGUUUGGUACUUGGCUCUUGAUUUUGCUGCCGAAUAAUAAAGGAAGUGAAGCGAGCACAAGCGGAAUGAAUCAUCCGAAAGAAUUCUGGGAAACUGACAUGUCCCUCGUCGCCGGGAGUUUGAGCGUCGCGGCCGGUAACACGGCGAAGGAUAAGCGAGCAAAGGAAGCGUCAAAUCGUUCGCAAGCACGAGCUCCACACCCGAUGCUUCGAAAGUCUCGUCUCACCACUGACGCCACUUCAUCCUCAUCCUCGUCAUCGUCAAAAUCCCUUAGCAAUCUCGCCGCGACAAGUCACGCAAACGUCUCCAAUCAACAGUACCUGAUACACUCGUCACAUCCCAACGUUCCUCUGCCGCCCGACAUGACAAUAGCUCAGCUACUCUCCCUCACUGCCGACUCUGGUGUUUCCCUCUCCGAUCCUUGUUUGCACCUGAUCCUCCGUCAACGAAGCAAGGACACCAAGGACCUGGAUCUCACGAAAACAUCUCCGCUCUACAAUCACUCGUCGAGCAUUGAUUCAUCACUGGAGGUGUUCAGCUCGGGCGGUGGUCUCGCUGUCCUGGCGAAGCACUUGCCUUUGGUCUAUCCGGACUCGGGACGACCGUCAGCGAUUGUGGAGAAAUCACCAUCGCCUGAGCAGACCGACACCGAGUGGGUGAAAAUCGAGCCGAAUGAGUACGAGUACGAUUUGGAGGAGGGAGGACCUGUGGCGGAGACGAAAGUCGCGCCUCCGACGCCCAAUGUCCCUCCGCACUCGCUCACGGCGUUUGGAUUGUUUCUGAGAUUGCCGGGGUACUCGGAGGUGUUGCUGAGGGACAGGAAGAGGGCGCAGUGUUUGUUGAGAUUGGCCCUGGGAGUGACGGACGACGGAGAGGGUGGGGAGAUUCUGACCUCGCCUAUUGCCGCCUCUCUGCCUACGCUUCCGUUUCAGGUGUUGAAACAACUCCUGGAGGACACGCCGCCGACGACGGACGAUGGCCUUCUGUUGAGAAGGACAAUAAUCGACGUGGGGGCGGUCCUUUUACUCUUGAACUGCUUCGCGAUCUUUACCCACCAGACCGGACAGAGCGAAAUCGAAACCAAGUCCGGACGAAGUGAUGACAAGUCCCACCUCUACUGGGCGAAGGGAACGGGCUUUGGAACCGGAUCAACGGCGCAAAGUUGGAACGUCGAGCAGGCUUUGAUGAGACAACGCUCCGAGGAGGAGCACGUGACGGUUCUUCUCCAAGUACUCGCGAGCUAUAUUGGAGUUGGCGAUCAACCGCAGAAGGAACUUCCGGCACAGUUUCCGGAAUUGCUCUCGACGUCGUGCUUGAUACCGGCUCUGUCGUCGUACUUGCGGAAUGACUCGGUGCUGGACAUGGCGAGACAUAUUCCACUGUACCGAGCUGUGCUGCAAUUGCUGAGAGCGAUGGCGCUUUCGUAUCAAUUGGCACCGUUGCUGCUUCCCAGUGGCGACAAGGCGCCGGAUCCGUCGAUCGUCUCGCUGCUGUCGAGCAUGAGGGUUUGUGUCGACACCUACAUGAAUAAGAUUAAUAGAACGAGGGGCAGUAAGAAGAGCACGCCGAAGUAUCCGGAACAUUCCGAGGACGAUGAGGGUUUGGCGACUUUGAUCUCGGAUAUUCAGGAGAGUUCGACUGUGGUUGAGAAUGCGACGGCGAGACUCACGGGAAUCAAUGACGAGAGAGGUGGACCGAGUCCUUCGGCUCCCGAGUUGCCGCUGAGGAGCAUUGAGCAGAGGUACCUGGAGGUUAUGAAGAGACUGCAAUUCGAUACAUUCGAAAUGAUAACGGAGAAUCCCGACGGUGGAGGGUACAAAUUUGCGGUUUCGUAUCAUUUUGAAUCGAAUAUGAGAGCAACUGGUGAGCGAAGUCACCCAACGAGAGUCAAGAGACUGGCACAAGAGGCUGUCACCCUUUCUACGGCACUGCCACUUUCCUACAGUAGCAGCGUUUUUGUCAGAUGUGAUACCGAUAGAUUAGAUGUCAUGAAGGUGCUAAUAACCGGACCAGCAGAAACUCCCUACGCGAAUGGCUGCUUUGAGUUCGAUGUCUAUUUCCCGGCGGAAUAUCCAAACAGUCCAAUGAUGAUUAAUUUAGAGACAACUGGCUGUCGUACCGUUAGAUUUAAUCCAAACCUAUACAAUGAUGGUAAAGUGUGCCUCAGUGUUCUUAAUACUUGGCACGGUCGUCCUGAAGAAAAAUGGAACGCUCACACUAGCAGUUUUCUCCAGGUUUUAGUAUCAAUUCAAUCACUGAUUCUGGUUUCGGAACCGUAUUUCAACGAGCCAGGAUACGAGCGUUCUCGGGGAACUCCCAGUGGCGCUCAAUCUAGUCAAGAAUAUAAUGCUAAUAUUUGCCAAGCCACUGCGAAAUGGGCAAUGCUUGACCAAAUACGAAAUCCGUGUCCUUGUUUUAAAGAGGUAAUACACACGCAUUUCUGGCUUAAGAGGCAUGAAAUUGUCGCACAAAUCGAAGGAUGGAUACGAGACAUGGAAAUGCAUGGGGCUGAUAGAAGAUCAGGCAGAACAAUUUCCCUGAAUGCUCUAGCUCUAAGGCGACACUAUAGGCUACUGCGAGAAGAACUAAAUAAACUGCCAACGCCAGACGGACUGGAGGAUCUAGUGGAACCGCUGCCAUCGCCUGGCUCACCAAUCGAACUCUCAGGCACACCAGGUACACCAAGUUCGCCUCCAUCGUCAGUUGUUACCUCGACAACUGCCAUAAGCGCACCCCACAACAAUAAUCCAAUCGCCUCCAUCAGCAAUGCCGCCGCCGCCGCCGCUGCUGCAAGUGCCGCGAGUCUCGUUCAUCACGAGAUCGACACCGACGUCGAAAUGGAGAAGAUGGUUUCCAAAGUGUGCGAAUAGCUAAUGAGUGUUAGUUGAUGAGAUUGUUGGACAUUUUAAAAAGUCUAUUUACUAGUGUUUUACCCUACGGAGGUCAUUGUUUUUUUUUUUUUAUUUUUUUUUAAAGAGAGAAA